UUGCAGACAUUUUUCGAAAACAUCUGGCAUCUCUGGAAACAUCUGGCAUCUCUGUGAAGAAGAGCAAAUUUUGCUUUAGUGAAAACUCAGGAACAACUAAACGACUUUCGACUUUUUCGCUUCUCGCAAAACCACGGAUUCAGCGGUGAAAACGCUAUUGCAAUUGGUUAGAGAAACUUGGAAAUACCAGAGACAUCAAUCCAUAUCGUAGUUUAUCUCUAAUCCGGUGUAUAGUGGAAACAUCAAUUGUUAUCAACCAAUUGUGAAUUGAUUGAAGGAAAGGAUCGCCUCGAUUGGCGCUAGCGUUUUAUAUGACUUUAGCAAGAAUACAAGAAACACCAGCACUCAAAGGAGCACCGCUUUCUCCCCUUUUACGGAGUUUAAGUGGUACAUUGUGCAUGAUUUCUCAACAGCGUAGCAUAAGUCACAGGACUUCAAAGUAUUCCAGCAAUAGACAUCGGAAAUUACAACCGUUUAGAGAAACGUGAACUAACUGCAGUCAUAUAAAAAUAAAUUAAACCGCAAACAACCAAAACCAAAACGAGAUCCGUCUACGCUAACAUUUUAGCAAAAGCUAUAUUAGCCGUGUCGAAACCCAACCAAUCAUUUGUAAAAUUUGGCACUGCCUGAAAGUGUAACAUUGCUGUAGUGCAUAUAUGCUAGUGCGGCGUAAAAAAUCCUAAAAUAUUGUUACUUCAUUCUUAAAGCUAACGUUCUAUUUUAUUUUUGUUGGUUCUAGUUUUGCAAAAUCAGCACACUCUACCGUAUCUUGGUUUAUAUUUUGAAGUUCCAUUUGAGUGAUCGUAUUUCUUUGUUUUGUUUUUGUUUAUUUUUUAUUUCCAUUUCACAUCCUCUAAUGUAGAUUCUCGAUAUUGCUGCAUCAUAAGUAUUCGAAUACGCCGAUUUCUUACGCAGUUUCCGCGGAACUACGUUCUUAUAGCGGCAUAAGUAGAACACUUACAGUCACAAGAUAUAGCAAGCGCAGCGGAAUAUCAUUGCGCGUCAGCAGUAUACAAGAAACCACAACCAAUAUACAAAUGCUUUUGAUAUUAUCCGAGAUACUACUACAAAUCGAAGCAGGAGCUUUUAUCAGCACCAGUGUCACCGUAAACCAUAACAAUUGCGACCAUAAGCAAAGAGAGUGCGUUCAUUGGGAACACACGCAGAACAUCCCGCAACAGCAAAGACAGCAGCAAAUGAUUUUGGCCAACAGUUAAAGUCACUAGACGGCAAAUCGACCGAGUGAAAAAACAGACCGCAUCGCGAAUCUCGGAAUUUGAAGCACCAUUAAGGCGCUGUGUGAAAUAACAUACGGUUUUUAAUUUACAGUAAUCGCUACGAUUAAAUAGAUCUGCAGCAUCACCAUGGGUACCGUCAAUGUAAAUCGCAAUGUAACGGAUGUAUUCUACCGCUAUAAAAUGCCAAGAAUCAACGCAAAGGUAGAAGGCAAAGGCAACGGAAUUAAAACAGUGAUUGUAAAUAUGGCUGAAGUCGCGCGUGCUAUCGGACGUCCAGCAACUUAUCCGACUAAAUAUUUUGGCUGUGAGUUGGGAGCGCAAACUCAAUUUGACUAUAAGAACGAACGCUUUAUUGUUAACGGUUCUCAUGAUGCAAACAAACUGCAAGACCUGCUGGACGGAUUUAUCCGCAAGUUCGUGUUAUGUCCUGAAUGUGACAAUCCCGAGACCGAACUGUUGGUAUCAGCCAAAAAAGGAACAAUUUCGCAAGGAUGCAAGGCUUGUGGAUUCCAUGGUCCUCUUGAAGUCAACCAUAAAGUAAACACUUUCAUUCUUAAAAAUCCACCGAAUGUUAACCCGGCCAGUCAAGGUGCAUCACUGACCGAGGGAAAGCGCAGCAAACGCUCCAAGAAAACAGGAGAAAAUGGUGAUGAUUCAACAGCUCAUAACAGCACAAUGAAUGAAGCAGACACGACUGGUGCAGCGGAUGAAACAAUUGAAUCACAGGUUGCAGGUGAUGAUGGUGACGAUGACGUAAAUUGGACUGUUGAUACCUCCGAGGAGGCGGUUCGUGCCCGCAUGCAGGAUCUUACUGAUGGAGCAAAAAACAUUACUGUUUCUGAUGACUUUGAUAAAACAGAGAAGGAACGAUUAGACAUUUUCUACGAGCUGGUUAAAAAGAAGCGUGACUCGGGUGAGUUGGACAAUGUGCAGACACAUAAGGAACUUGCAACUGAAGCCAGUCGCUUAGAUAUCCACGCUAAAGCACCGCUGGUUUUAGCUGAGCUACUUUUCACUGCUAACAUUAUUCAAGAAACACGCAAACAUCGUAACUUACUGCUCCGUUUUACUCACAAUGAUGUUAAGGCCCAAAAGUACUUCAUCGGAGGUUUGGAACAAAUUUUUUCUCUGCAUGCUGAUAAGCUUAUGGAUAAAGUUUGUGGCAUUUUCAAAUUUCUUUACGAUAAUGACAUCCUUGAGGAAAAAGCUAUCAUAGAAUGGUCACAAAAAGUAAGCAAAAAGUAUGUCUCGAAGGAAGUUGCAGCUCAAAUACAUGAGAAAGCUAAUCCCUUCGUCAAAUGGCUGCAAGAAGCAGAAGAAGAAGAAUCGUCUGAGGAAGAAGACGAUUCGGAAGUCGAGAUCGAGUACGAUGAUCGUGCCAAAGCCGAUUCCCUUCGCAAGGAACCAGCCAAGCCGGAAGUGAAAAAGGCGACCAAACCGGCCGUUGAAGACGAAGAAGGUGACGAUCUCAAUAUUGACGAUAUCUAAGCAAAAAAAUUCCCUUCCCCCUUGAAUAAAAAAAUUAAACCAGAUUGAUUUUCAUUUCAAAAUUAAAAACUACACAAAUAAAACAUUUCAAUCAAAAACAAACCACAAUCAAGUACACUAUUCCAAAUCACCGCGAGAGCGCGUAAAGUAGAUUUGUAGGACACAAACCAGAUAAAAUAUAAAUCGAAUAAUUGACAUAUAACUCUAUUACCACACUUAAACUCAUUGGCAUUCGUUCAUAAGAAAUGUUACUAAAUUGGUCAAUUCUCAAUGAGCCGUAAUGGAACGUGAAGAUUUAAAUUUGUUCGAUAUAGGUAACACUGCAAUGCUAUCGGUUCAAAAUAUUUAUGUAUCGUUAGUGUAUAUUGAUUGGAAUCGUCUCGAGUUGUCUUCAUGGGAUCAAUGUAACGGAUAAUUCCUUUUUUUGCGCUGAAUAUUGCCUAUGUUUCUAUGAACUAGUUUAUCCAAAAAACUGCAAUUGAAUUUAAAGCGCUUACAAGCAUAGACUGCUAACAAGCAACAUAAAAAGCCAACAUGUUUUUGGAUUGAAGAAAUGAAUCAUAAUACUAACAGUACGGAUGUUAUUGUAAACAAAUUAUGUUCAAUAAAUACACAAUUUUGGAAAAUGCA